AUGCUCGUUCGAAAGAAUGCGGUAGCACCUGACGCGAAAGGCGUUCGAUCUGCAGGUGUCGACGAAGGUUUUGACCCUGUGGAGAAAGAAGAUUCGACGGAUCCUCCCGGAGUGGGUCUCCGGGGUGGCGUGGAGGCCAACGAGAGGGCACCACACUGCCGGAGGCACUGGAGUUUGAGUGCCCGAACAUACUAUUCAAGCAUACAGAAGUACUACCUCGGCAACAGCGCCCAGUGCUUCGCGGCUGGCAUCAGUCAAACCAGUCCAGUUCUUCCUUUGCUUUGGGACAACAGGGACGUGCCCCUUGUGUUUUCACAGAUCUUGCGAUUGCAGCGAACCCUCAUUCAUAAGAUCGAGGUAGAAAUCACCACUGGCCGAGAGCUCCAGCGGAACUUGACUAGCAUGCGCGAGCUCCUGGUCGUCGAGUUGAAGAGGACGAGCAGCAGUACGGAGCGAAUUGAAAUCCAGCAAAGGAUCAGCAGAAUCGACAUCCUCCUGACUCAAGUGCGAACCAGGACGGACGAGACGGAACUGCGGUUCCGAGAGUUCCUGCAGCGGGUUUCGACGGGCCAGAUACGAACCGAGACUGAGAGCCAGACCCUGCUGCAGGCCAUCUGGUCUGGCUACCACAAGUCUCUGCGCAGCCUGGUCCGCCAUUGCGCCGGCUACCUCACGAGCAUCGUUCGCGGCGUCACUGGCGCACUGGCUAACCUUGGCAUGGGCAUCCUCGACUUCUAUCGUCUCAAGUUCCAGCCGCUGGAGCUCGCCAUCGAUGCGCUCACCGGAAAAGGUUCCUUCCACAAACCCAUCAGCGGCAUUAUUGGUCGCCGAUGA